AUGGUCAAUGUCCAGUCUUCCGACAUCGUGGAAAAGGAUCUGGCCUUGUAUCCUAAGGACAUCUACCUUGGGGCCGACGAGGUCACACAAGAACCCUAUGGAAAGAUACCGACCGAGGAUCUAUUUUCUUUAAGGGCCAAGGACAUCGUGAAUGAUAUCCUGCCGACUCAUCUCAACGGUGGGUGCAAAACCAGGACUAUCGUACUCGGCAGCGACACGUGUGCUGGCGAGCAUAUGCACACUUCCCUUGCACUUACAAAGGCUAGGAACGACCCGAUGCCCAAAAGUCCAGCUCAACUUCAACAUCUGACGGAUCUCCUUCAAGAGGACCCGCCUCCGGCUGAUGCGUUGGGACUCUUUGCGCUAGAUCUCGACUGGGACAAAGAAGACCCAGCACGCGUCGGAUUCAGGGUCGAAAAGUACACGCCUGAUCCAUCUACGAACCCUGAAAAACUCAGCGAUGAGCAUGAGAGCAAGGGCAGACGGAUGCUCGAAAUUAUGUCACAGUCGUUCGAGAAGACGCGCAUGAUGCGCAUUUCGAGGCCGUUGAACCAAAAGCACAAUUCAGUUGAGCACCAUCUGCCUACCGCGACACUGAAUCGAGACACUCUUCCACGCUUGGCGUAUUCGCCAAACCUCCAAAAACCGAACUUAUCGGCUAUAAAUACCUGCCAUUGUAUUCGCCUGGGAUACUCAAGCUGGAGAGACCUAAUAGACUUGAGCUCUAUCAAACCAUCGCGACUCCAGAUCAAAAUAGCUUUCCAAAGCUCUACGUAUUCGUCAAACCUCCAGAUACAAACUCUUCAGAUAUGA